CUGGGUGACACGAAUGGAUGGGUUGGACACACCUUCCAGCCUACUAGGCAAAAAAAAAGCCCGGAUCUGCAUAGACAGCGGGAGGGACUCCCCUGGGGCCCGCAGAGCCUACGCCGCGGGCCGGGGAAAAGCGCAGCUCCCCCUCCCACAUUCACUCCUCCCCGCUUUAAAAAAAACAACGCUCAGCGCAAAUAAAUAAUAUCGUCCCCAGCCCGCCAGGGCCCUCGUGGUCCUCGCCUCCUCUGCCGGCUGAGCGCGUUCCAGCGCGGCGGGAGGCGAGCGCGCAGAGGCCCCGGCGCGCAUCAUGCUCCCCAGCGCCGUGGCGGCCCACGCCGGCGCCUACUGGGACGUGGUGGCUUCCUCCUCGCUCCUGAACUUCCCCGCCGCGCCGGGCUUUGGCAACCUGGGCAAGAGUUUCCUGAUCGAGAACUUGCUGCGGGCUGGAGGUGCCCCGCCGCUCGGACUACCACCGCCCCAGCACCACGGCUCGGCAGCGGCUCUCGGCGCUGGCGCGCAGGUCCGGCCCCUGCCGGCCAGCCCGGUUCCCCUCAAGUUGUGCCCGGCGGCAGAACCAGUAAGCCCCGGCGGGGCGCCCUACGGCACCCGUUGGGCGUUUCAAGUGCUCAGCCCCUCGGCGGACGGCGCCCGGCUGCCGGGCCGGGCUCCGGGGGACCCGGACUGUGCCUUCCAGCCACCAGCCCCAGCGCCUUCCAAGCCUUUUUUUCUGAGCGCCCCGCCAUUCUACUCAGCAUGCUGCGGUGGGUCCUGUCGGCGCCCCACAUCCCCCACUGCUUUUGCAAGAGAAGAGAGUGUACUGCCUCUUCUGACACAAGAAUCUACAUCCAAAGCUCGGAGGGGCAUUUUAAGAAGAGCUGUCUUUUCUGAGGACCAGAGAAAGGCUCUGGAGAAAAUGUUUCAGAAGCAGAAAUAUAUCAGCAAAACAGACCGAAAGAAACUUGCCAUCAACUUGGGACUAAAAGAAUCACAGGUGAAAAUCUGGUUUCAGAACAGAAGAAUGAAAUGGCGGAAUUCCAAAGAAAAGGAAGUGCUUUCCAACAGGUGUCUCCAAGAAGUAGUCCUUCAAGAGGACCCCCUCUCGCGAUCGGCUCUAGGUUUCCCUUCUCCAUGUGCUUCACUCUGGGAAGUCUCCCAGCAGCAUUCGAGUCCGGGAUGGAGGGAGAAUUCGCCUGAACCCUCAGAGAGACUAAUCCAGGAGAGUCCAGGGGCAGACGCACUGCCCCCAGAAGCAAAGUCACUGCAAGGUGCCUUGUAUUUGUGUUCUGAAGAAGACGCAAGAGACAAGGGUGUACUACCUGGCACAGUGUGAAUGGACACAGUCUGCCAUGUUGACUUAAAAGGACGCUUGAUUAAUAACAUUUGGGCUCUAAAGCCUGCUAGCUUGUGCCUCAUCAGUGCCUAAAACCUAAUACCUUAGGAGUGAAACAUGGACUAAUGUUUUAGGAAACCCUCUCCAGUGUUCCCUUCUUUGGGUCCUAGACUCAGACUUAGUUUGUAAGUGGAACAGAAUCUUCUGGAAAUUGCGAUGAAACUAAAAAAACCCAAGAGUAAUAGUUGACUCAGUUGCUGCUCUGAGUUUGUGCAUAUGUGCUUGUGUCUCUAUGUAUGUAUAUAUAUAAAUAGUCAUUAAAAAUACAUUAGUAGAAACUAGUUCCUUUCUAUAUAGUGCAUUGAGCAAAUUCACUUCCUUUUAUAUGAAGAAAAACCAACGAUGGACUGAAUGUCUUUAAUUUUUUAAAAAUUAUGUGAAAUUUGGACUUUAGUGCAGAUUUUCAUAUCAAUAGAAUAUGUUUUUUAAAAUUCUCUAUUUUCUGGCUUCUUUCAAUAUCAAGCUAUAAAUCAUUUUUAACAACUCAACUCAGCAGUCCUAAUCAAAUGUGCCACUGUUAGGUACAUACAUUGAAAGUAUGUAUUUAAAAUUAGUCCAACAGGCAAACCAGAAGAAUUUCUGAGUGUGACUGUUAGUAUCUUUAAUUUUCCAGGCUCUGGACUUCAGGCUGUCAGUAAUGGAGGUACCUAUUUAACUGCUGAUUAUCAUAUGAUCUCUUUUCUGUAAUGAUGGGCCUUAAUCAGGUUUUGCUGAAUAAAAUGCCUUUAAGGGCACAUCAGGUAAAUAGAGGGCAUGGCCCACCUAAAGAUCUGUGAGUUUAAUAAUUGUUGAAAUACUGUGUUGGCUGAACAAACAUCUGUGCCAAGAAGUUUGUGACCUCUGGCUAAGACUUAAGUGUCACAGUUCUUAAAUGUUCCCAACAGGACUUCAAAACCCAACACUGAUGGAAUCUAGUGAUUUCUAUUUGCACUUCUGGUUAUAGACUAAAUUUUCCACUUAGGUGGUGUACACUAUAAUAUUAGGUUAUUUUUAUGUAUUAACAAAUACCACACAGAUGUUUUAUGUUUUUUGAGUACUGUGAAAUAGUAUUAUUAUAAAAUUUCAUUUCUGGUAAUGAUUUGCUUAGUUCAGCUAGAAUUUUUUAUUCUAGGUCCAAGAAAAAAUUAUGCUUCACUUUGAAGGAAAUGAGGCAGAAAAAGGAAAUGAUGUGAUUUGGAAGUAGGUUAUUAUAAUCUGUGGACAAGAAACAUUAUUAGAAGUUCAUGAUGUGAAAUUUUGUUAGAAAGCUACACAGAGAGAGUGACUUCUAAUUUGCUUACAUUUUUAGCUAUUGGCUUUGAGGGUUUAGAGUUUUAACAAAGUAGUAUUUCUGAAGAUAACAAUUUUGUCAACAUGAAAUUAUUUUGUGUGAAUGGAAUUUGAUUUGGUGUAUGAUAGCUUAUGUCUUUAUCUUUUGCUUGCAAAUCAUCUCAGAAGACUCAAUCCCUCUUUGUGGGAAGUGGAGGCAAGGGUCUGCUGUCAACAAUUUCAAUUUUGAAACCUGUCUUAGAAUGAGUUUUAGUAUGAUUUCUUUUAUUUAUAUAAUGUUAACCUCAUUUACAUUUAUUGGGUCCUUUCUAUGUACUGGAGACUAUGCUAAACCUUUAGGAGGGAUUAACUCAUUUAAUCCUCAUGACAAUGACCUAAUAAAGUAUUGGGACUAUUACUUAUAGGAUUCUUGUUACCUAGACAAGGGACCUGGAACAGUACGGUUAGGGUAAUUUGCCCAAGGUCAUGAGGUUAAUAAAUGGAAUUUGACCCCUGGCAGUCAAAUUUCAACUCUUGAAGUUUAACCAACCAUUUGUGGGUGUAUACCACUGUGAAUGUAUUCACCUAGUUAUGGGAUGCAUUGUAAGACAUACAUUUUGAAGACUGAAAUGAAAUUUAUUAAAGAAAUUCAGAAACA